AUGGCAUCAGAAUCCGCCUCCGCAAAACGCGCACGCACACGCAAGUCGCGAGGCCGUGGCCUACGCACAACAAAUGGAUGUUUUACAUGUCGCAAGCGUCACAUCAAAUGCGAUGAGGUGAGACCGAAUUGUGGGGCUUGUGGAAAGAAUAAUCGCUCGUGUGAUUAUGCAACGACGCCUGUCCCUCGUCGCAAUUUCUUGGAUACUGUUAUUGAUGGGUCUAUUUCGCCGUCUCGAUCGAGGGUGCAGAGUGUGCAGAGCCGUGUGAGGCAGGAUACACGAAGUCCGCCGCGUAGUGGUGUCGAUUUGUCCCCCCGGACAUUACCUCCACAGGAGGUACAGCCUCAGGAGGCAACAUCUCAUGAACUGCCGUCCCAGCGUCUGUCUCCGCAUGUACCACCUCCCCAGGCACCAACUCCCCAUGCAAGGCAUGGCCACCUGGCGAGUGUUGACUUGACUACCCACCAAAGUCCUGUCGCACUGUAUCCAAACGAUCUCUCUCCUUCUGAUGCCUCGUACAUCUUACAGUCCGUGACCGGUUCAUUCUCCUCUCCUGGACCAACUGUGAAUGCGGCAGCGAGUUGGUGGUUUGAUCUGUUGGCGAACGACGCCCGAGAUCACCAGCAAGUACCAGCUAUUCCGACUGGAUAUGGGAAUGAUAGUCUCCCGUUUGAGUGCCCGCAAGCUGGUGAUCAAGUAGAGAUCACUUCCCUGCAACGAGCUACACAAGUACUUGACCUUCCUCAUGUAAAUGGGAUUGUAGGCCAGGGCUCCAUUGUUUCUCCUUCGCAGUCAAGCAAUGCGGGUGAAGAGGAGCACAUCUGGCAGUCUCGAGAGCCAAUUGAGCUUUUGCCUCGGGAACAUUUUCUGUUUGAACAUUUUGUACAACAUGUUAGUCAAUGGAUCGAUCUGUUUGACCCAACCAGCCAAUUCUCCACGCUCGUUGCACAUUUGGCAAUACGAAAUGCUGGACUGUUAAACGCCAUUCUCGCCCUAGCCUGUCGACAUCUGUCCCUAAAUCCCCGCCUGGAUAACGAGGAUUCACCAAACAAAGAAGCAGCCCUCCAAUACUACUACCAAACCCUCCACUAUGUUCAGAGAGCAAUGCAGAAAUCCAGUUACAUGACUAGCUGGGAACUCCUCUCAACAGCCCUUAUUAUCUCUGCAUAUGAAAUGCUAGACAAUUCCUCCAACGACUGGGAACGACAUCUCGAAGGUGUAUUCCUAAUUCAAAGAUCUCAAGUCAUCCACGGCGAGUCAGGCGGAUUACAAGCCGCUGUCUGGUGGGCAUGGCUCUGCCAGGAUGUCUGGGCUGCUUUCCGAGAGAAGCGCAAGACUUUGACGUUCUGGACUCCCCAUAAGCCCCUCUCGGCAUUGUCACCACAUGAACUGGCUGCGCGCGCCGUGUAUAUCACUGCUAAAGUAAUCAAUUAUUGUGCUGAGGAUGGCCCACAUGUUGAAGGAUAUAUUCAGCGCCGACUAGAUAAGGCUAAGUAUCUUCGAGCUAUGCUUGAUGACUGGCGGGAUCAUUUGACCAUUGAGUUCUCGCCUUUGCCUGUCAGCUCUCGUGAGAAGACGGGGUGUUUCCGUCCUGUCUGGAUUCGCCCGCCUGCAUUCGCUGUUGCCAUGCAGUUUUAUUCUGCUGCGCGUAUCCUCUUGAUCGCCCAUGAGCCAAGUCUUGGAGGGCUCACACAAUACCUGGAGCGACAGAUUACCAUCCAGCGUUGUGUGGAGAGAAUCUGUGGUAUUGCUAUGACAUUGAAAGAUGACGCCUCUAGUCUCAUGUCAUCACAAGCUUUAUUCAUCGCAGGAAUAUUUACACAAGAACCCCAAGCCCGAGAGGCUAUAUUAGAACUACUGGAAUCAUGCAGGAAAAGAACCGGCUGGCCGGUUCGGUCCUUAGGAGAUGAGCUACAGCAAAUCUGGGGUCUGCACGAACCUACAAGGUCUUAG